AACUAUUGAUAUCAGUUGAAACAUCCUCGUCCAGAAUCGAAUCGGAUUGUCUACUACGACGAAGAUAUUUUCGGCUCGCUCGGACGAAAGUAUUGCAAAGCAUAACAAAUAUCUCAAACAUAAAGAAGAAUCAUAAUAGAUCAAUUUGAGCUGGAUCAGGAAGCGAGUCCAUUGAACGACCAUGUCCGCACCUACACCAGUACUUGUUUCAGGUUCCUCUCCCGGCCCCUCCUCUCCAUCACCAAAGACAGAGAAAGAUGGAGAAAUGAUUCCCAAUGCUACCUCGAACAAUCGUAGCAGUUGCAUCCGAAAGACCUCCUCCACAAUCAAGAAGAUUUUAUCCAUGGCCUUGAUCCUCUUUUCGGUGAUUGUAAUAUCGGCUGCUAUAAUCACAAAACAAACGGUUGCCACCGGAGAGAACAACGUUCAUCCUAUAUUGGCCCUUGCCGUCUUUUGGUUGUCGCUUUUUUGGCUUUCGGUCAUGGAGGGCGGUCUCAACUGCAUGGUUGGACUCCAGCCUAUUUCACAAUGCCUUUACAAGAAAUCUCACCCCAAAACCUACCGGUGUACCAGCGUAGCUCAUAAGAGCCAGAACAUCGAGCGCUUUAUCGUGGGCCGCCAGUAUCUGGAUCUCAUGAUUGUUUUCAUCACUUCUUUUAUGGUUUCCGCUAUUGAUGGUGCCUCUGUCUUGGGACUACCAAAAAUUGUUAACGUUAUCUUUUUKGGAAGUGAUCUGGCAGUCAUUCUAUGUACAAUUGUCUUCGGACAGCUCAUCGCACAGAUUAACUGUGCCCACAGCAUGCUGGAUUUUAUCAACAACUGGGUGAUGGUCGCCUCCACAUACAUUGCCCUAUGCGUGGAGGCCUCGGGCAUAUUGCAUGCUGUCUACUUUGUCCAGAUUAUAUUCACUAAGAUUGUUGACUACAAACAUUCAAAGGAGCAGGAGCUGAAUGCUUCGAAGAAUAACAGCAGCGGCAAGUCCUCUACCAAAACGAUGAACACGUCUGUCGAUUCCAGAGAUUCCAGCAGCGAAGAAGAAUCCGACGAAUCCUCUUCGGACGAGAAGUUUGAGAUUAAAUGUGACCACUACGAGUCAAGUUUGUCUCCCAGCAAAAAGAGUCUUUACCAAAAGAUCUUUUUCUGGAUACGUGUGGUCUUUUCGCUUGCUAUCUCCAUCUUUGCCAUAGUUGUCUUUUCGACCGCUCUCGUAAAUGGAGAUACAACGGUUCGGGACAAUAUCCCUGUCGCUGUCUCUUUUGUGAGUCUGCUUGUACUUUUGGUACUUGGAGGUUUCAUGGAAGCAUUGCAGAUUGCCUUGUUUGCUGUGAAGCACCUUCCAUCAGAAUGUAUUGAAGCGAAUCCCACAGCUAAGCGCAACUGCGAGUAUAUCCUCGGCAAAGCAGGAAGCAGCAAACGGGACAAUGAUAAAAAUAGCCGUCUUCAGUCGUUUCUGGUGGGCCGCCAAAUCUCCCAGACCGUCAUCAUGUUUAUGAUUGCCCGUAUCAUCACGGUCGAAAUGAAGGUUGAAGGCGAAACACUAUUUGGAGUUACGCCCCAGAUCCAAUCCGUCUUUUUUGACAGCGGUUUGUUGAACGCAUUGGUCUCGACAAUUUUUGCCAGCUUAUCGUGGAGAGUCACGGCCAACUUUUUCCCGAUGCUCUAUAUUGGGUGUCCGUUGAGCAUCUGGAUCAUUCGCUUGUGCCUAGUGGUAGAAGGCACAGGCAUUUGCGACGCGGCCUGGACCUUAGCGAAGAUCCCGGCAUACCUUGUGGGAUAUAAGAGCGAUGAUGAAUGGAUCGGAGAUUCAAUAUACACGAACGAGAAAGACCUCGAGACAGGAGGGCUAGAGAACACRAUUCUCACUAAGGAACGCUCCACUGUCUCCGAGGAAACCGAGUGGAGCGCGGAGGAAUGCUGAAGUUCUUCGUGUGCGUGCGUGUAAAAUAGACCAUGAAUUUUUGUAUUAUUGUCAUUUGUCUCCAUUAAAAUAAUGAUGCAACACAAAGAAUCGAAAUAUAGUUUAUUGUUGCCUGGAUUAAGAAUAAUUUUCCAGAUCUUUAAGUUCCUUUAACAACCUGCCUUGAGGAAGUAGAUUCCACGAUGAAGAUGAAUCGUUUGUUACUCAACAGAAUCAUCAUCAUACCAAUAUCUGUAUCAGGAUAAAACAUUAGGAACUUA